GUUGUGUUAGCACGAUGAAUGGUAGAUCUGAUGCCUCCACCUCUACUGAUGAUGUUUUAAAGGGCCGACCGCUGUGCCUGUUCUACUUCUCGCAGCCGCUCGGCGUGGUGGCGGCCGAGCCGCCGCGCGCCGCGCCCUGCCCGCCCUACCCGCCCUACCAGCCCUACCAGCCCUACCAGCCCUACCAGCCGUACUCGCCCUCCCCGACCUACCAAUACUCUCCUCCCGGACAAGCCAAUAUGGCGCCUGCGUGGGACUCACUCUGGGCUCCAGCGUCACCGACACCAUCUGUUUACGUUUCUGGAUCCAGCGCUGAGCCGCGACGCGAUUUAUCUUCGUGUCUUUUUUCAAAUGAUACCUGGUUCCCUUCAAGCGCGAGCUCUCGCGACUAUCCACGCCGUAUGGUACCGUACCAUACGUUACUACCACCGCUGCGUCUGCCAACGCCGCGCGCGCCGCCGCCGCCUGACGUUUGGCCGCUACGCGUUGUCCAACCCGAGCGUUUUUCACUACCACCUAUCGAGCUACCUGUGUGUGAGCCUGAGGAGAACCAAGAGAUAACUCCAACCGUGGAAGCGCUAGACCCCAUAGAGAAGCGGGACGUGGUAGAGGAAGCGCCGAGUCUGUUAUCGCGGCGGACGCCGGCGCGGGUGAGUCGGCGUGCGCUCGGUGGCGGCGGCGUGCACAAGCCGCGGCGGCGCGCGCGCACCAGCGCACUGCGGCGCAGCCUCACGCAUCUUAUACAGAGGAGUAUCAAAGGUGAGUUGUAA